CUGUGUGUGUGUGCGUGUGUGUGUAUUUGUCUCUUCUCUGUAAGAACACAGCCCGCCGGCCUGCUCCUGCUGUUGCUGCGGCUCUCACUUGCUUUUUGCUACUUCUUUCCUCUCCUUUCUCUUCCUACUUAGCUUCUUGUCUUUUGAUAUCACUCCAAGUAUGGAUUCUAAUCACUCUGAACAGCUCUCAGCAGAACAAUCAACACCUCCAAGAGAUAGUUCAUCAUCAGCCAAUCAAAAUGUCCUGGGGAAGCAAGACAGUCAGGAUUCUUCAACAUCACUCCAAACACCAGAGCAAGAGGCAAGUGGCCACUCUGAAAAGGGACUCCAUGAUAUUUCUGAGGAGUUGAAUCAACAACUGGAAGAUAUCAUAAGCAUGUAUGGUUCUGCUGCCAGUACCAUAGAGAAAGAGCGCCCAGCUAAGGUGAAAGAGCAGCCUGAAAGUGCAGAAGCACCUGACAAUGAGGACAGAGACUGUGAAGAGGCCGAAAGAGAACCCAUUGCUUCUGGAGAGCCAUCCACAGUCAAAGAGCCUGUCAGUAAUAAAGAGCAAAAAUUGGAAAAGAAAAUCCUAAAAGGAUUAGGCAAAGAAGCCAACCUACUAAUGCAGAAUCUGAACAAGCUGCAAAAACCUGAAGAAAAGCUUGAUUUUUUAUUCAAGAAGUAUGCUGAAUUGCUGGAUGAACAUCGCACUGAGCAAAAGAAGUUAAAACUCCUACAAAAGAACCAGGUACAAAUCCAGAAAGAAAAGGACCAGCUACGAAGUGAACACAGCAGAGCUAUCCUCGCUCGAAGCAAACUGGAGAGUCUGUGCAGAGAGCUGCAGAGACACAACAAGACCCUGAAGGAGGAAACCCUCCAGCGGGCACGUGAGGAAGAAGAGAAAAGAAAGGAGAUCACAAGUCAUUUCCAGACUACUCUGACAGAUAUCCAGGCCCAGAUAGAGCAGCAGAGUGAGCGAAAUAUGAAGCUCUGUCAGGAGAACACAGAACUCGCAGAAAAACUGAAAAGCAUCAUUGAUCAGUAUGAGCUCAGAGAGGAGCAUCUGGACAAAAUAUUUAAACACAGAGAACUGCAGCAGAAGUUGGUGGAUGCAAAACUUGAGCAGGCACAAGAAAUGAUGAAGGAAGCAGAGGAGCGACACAAUCGAGAAAAGGAAUAUUUGCUCAAUCAGGCAGCAGAGUGGAAACUUCAGGCUAAAGUGCUGAAGGAACAAGAGACAGUGCUGCAGGCUCAGCUUACUCUCUACGCAGGAAGGUUUGAAGAGUUCCAGAGCACACUGACAAAAAGCAAUGAAGUGUUUGCUACUUUCAAACAGGAAAUGGAUAAUACAACUAAGAAAAUGAAGAAGCUGGAAAAGGACACAGCCACAUGGAAAGCCCGGUUUGAAAAUUGUAACAAAGCUUUACUGGACAUGAUUGAAGAGAAAGCACUGAGAGCUAAGGAAUACGAGUGCUUCGUGAUGAAAAUAGGGAGGCUGGAGAACCUCUGUCGCGCUUUACAAGAAGAGAGAAACGAACUCUAUAAAAAAAUUAGAGAAGCAAAAAUGCCUGACGAGGAUGAACAAAAUCAGCCUACCUCGGAUGAAGAGCCAGAGGCAGACAGCUCUAUGAGUAGAGAGAUGGAUACAGAGGAGGUCAACCGUGUUCAAAACGCCGUGAAGAGUCUGGCUACCUCCUUCAUGAUAAUUCAUCAUCCAGAGUCAACCCUCGACCCAAGCUUGGUCCAUCUGGAACUGAGUGGCCCUAAGGGGGGCAAGGCCUCUCCCCUCAACAAGCCCGAACAAGCCCUUCUGCCGUCUUCCUCGGCUUCCGAAAGUCUUCUGCUUCCCUCAGUUCCUGAGGCUGAGGCCAAAGUAGGCAACGCGGUGCAACCUGCCCCUAUGGCCGGCCAUAUGCCCGCCAAAAUGCCAGAAGAGCCAGUAGGCCAAGGUCUCACUACCGAUGUUCAGGCUGACCAGCAGUCUCGGAAGCCAGAGUCAGAAGCUUCCGGUCUGGCCCCAUGGUCCCCUGCCCAGACCUCCCUACCCAGGCUUGAAACCAAUGGUUCCGCUUAUGCAGAAACUUCCGGUCAGGCCCCCCAACCGGGGGUGACAAAAUGCCCUGCUCAUGAAGAAGCUUCAGGGCAGUCCCUGCGGGACUCGGCUAAGGCCUCCUUACUCAAGGUGGAGGCAAAUGGUCCCACACAUGCCGAGGCUUCGGGCCUGGCCGCCACCCAAACUCCCCUACCUGGGGUUGAGGCAAAUGGUCCUGCCCCAUCACCCCCAGCAAAAGAGAAUGUUCCAGGUGAGGUGCCUGGGAGUGAGCCCAGGAAGCAGCCCCCACCAGCAGCUUCAGGGGAGCUAGCCCCAGAGGCCUCAGCUAGGCCCCAGCUGCCCAGAAUGGCUGACACCAGCCUGGAAGGUGUAGACUAAGCCUCACCAUUCCUUCAGAGGCUUUCUUCCUGACUUUGCAUCUUGGUCAUUGCAGACUGUCUCUGAAAGAGGCGUUAAGGACUAGGGACAUCAAAUGGAAGAGAGUUAGGAUUAAGACAUCUUUGAAUUUAUGCAGAGUACAUUCAGUCUUUGCUCUUUGUUCUCAAUUUAUAACUGAUAAGGAGCUUUUCUAAUUUAAUACUAACAUUAUAAUUUUCCCAAAUGGCAACUGAACAUUCUAAUAGCAAAGCUUUCCAUUAAGAUGGUACUCAAUUUUUUAACAGUAAAAUUUGAUGUUUAAAUGACUUAUACAUGACAUAAAUACUGACAAUGUAAUGUUAUAUUGAUUUCUACAAAUUGUUUAAUAAGUUCCAUAUAACUGAUGGAUGCCCAGAUUUCAUUUAAACAGUAUAUAUACAUAGUAUUGUACAUGUGUUUAUGUAUGUGAAUAUAUACACAUGGAAAUGUGAAUAUAAUCAUGUAUGUGUACAUGUGUGCAUAUAUAAAUGUAUAUAUUAUACAUACAUUUCUCGCAUCCCUCAUGGAUUUUUCUCUAUGCAAAAUAUUUAGAUGCUAAUCAAAAAAUCAUCUCUUUUAUUUUUCAGGUGAUAUACAGUAAAUAAUGCUCUAUGAAUCAGAAGUAGGUUCAAAACAGAAAUAUUUACCCCAUCAUUGUAUUGUACAAAAAUAAAUAACCCAAUGUUAGAUCAAUAAAUUCAACCAAUUGAUCUAAUGACAGAAGAGCAGUUGUUUUAGAUUGCAAAACUUCAGAGAGCAUGGACACAAAGGCGACCACAAGAGGCCCUAAACAGCUGUAAGUGGCUCACCCCUUCAGCUGUUUGUCAUAUACUCUUUGGCCUACUGCCUCACAUUGCCCUCCAAAUGAGUAGACAGCAACACUCCUGGCUGCUUGUAAAAAAAAAAAAAAAAAAAAAAAAAAAAAGGGUAGCAUUGGGGGAAA